CGGACUGAAGCCGCUUUCAUUCUCUUUGGGAACGUACGGAUUUAGCCGGGGGGUGGGCACCGUGCAAAGUGCUUUGAGGGCAUGUGGAGUCUGGCUGCAGCAUGUUAAAGGGGCGCUUUUAUUUCCUGUAAACUCUGCAGGAGCGUUCCGAUCACCAGCCGCCAGAGCCGCACAGACACCACUUCCUCCCGUUUGUUGCCCACCACUGACAGAGUGCCACCCACAGCUGAUCGCCGCGUCGGAAACUUCACUUUCAAGCAGGUUCGGAUGUGGCAAGCAAACUGCAGACGGAUGCAUAAUUUAGCAGACUGGAUUUCCGGGACCGUGAUGGGAGGCUGUGUUGGGAGAAGCAGGAUGGAUGGGCAAGGGAGUGCCCGAAGCUCGGCAGGGAGCAAAAAACGUGGAGCACGAAAUGAGCCUUUAAAAAAGGAGCGUCCAAAAUGGAAGAGUGAGUACCCGAUGACAGAAGGCCAGCUGAGGAGUAAGAGGGAUGAGUUUUGGGAUACGGCACCAGCCUUUGACGGACGGAAAGAGAUCUGGGACGCUCUGAGAGCAGCAGCCCUGGCUGUGGAGUGCAAUGACCUUGAGCUGGCACAGGCGAUAGUGGAUGGAGCCUGCAUUACUCUGCCGCAUGGCUCUCUCACAGAGAGUUAUGAUGAACUGGGAAACCGCUACCAGCUCCCGGCGUACACUUUAGCUCCACCUGUCAACCUCAUCACUGAAACAUCCAGCGAUGGCAAAUUGUUAGAAUCCACACAAAAGCAAGCUCAACCACAGCCGUGCAGGGAAGAGUUCCAGCUACGGGUGCGAUUAUCAACAGGAAAGGAUGUGCGUCUGACAGCCAGCUUGGCGGACUCUAUCGCUGAGCUAAAGAAACAAUUGGAAGAACAGGAGGACAUUGAAAUGACCCGUCAGAGGUGGUUCUUCUCAGGGAAGCUUCUGACUGACAAGACUCGUCUGCAAGAUGCAAAGAUCCAGAAGGACUUUGUUGUCCAAGUGAUCGUGAACGUGAAUUCCUCAGUUAUAACUAACUGAGCCAACAGAGGGAGGAGAUGAAAUGAAGAAAAGAUAAAAGACGUGCCAGACAGGGCUGCAGGAGUAGGGCAUGAAAUCCGUUUUCAGCUGGUACUGCAGUUUAAGUUUGUGUACAUUUUUAUAUAAGAUAUUAUUGCUUUUAUAUUGCUCCUUUUUCUAUUUUUCCUUUUUUCCAAAUAAAGUAAGAAUAUAAAAAAGCACUGAAACACUUUAGAGUUUAGGUAGAGCCCUGUGAUGCACUUUUGACUUUCUGUUUGUGGAAACCUUGACUUGCAGCUCUGCCAUUUAUUUGGCUUCUCUCCUUGUUAUGUCUGUUUGUACUUGUGCUCAUUGAGGAAUUCACCUGAGGGUCCAUAUAAGGAAAAUCUACUUUCUUUUUCUUUCUGACUUUCUUUUUUGAGAAUUGGAAAGAACAUAUAAUUAUAAAUAUCAGAUUAAGUGUGUGUUGUUUGAUCAUGUAACUGUGUGAACAGUGCAUUUGCAGCUCAAAACAUGUAUACUUAUGACCAAGAAGUGGAAUGUACCUAAUGAAAGCACCUUUGGAAAAGGUAGUAAGAAAUAAUCAGGUCUGAAUGAAUUUAUUCACUCCAAACAACUGUUCAAAUAUACUGUAGUUUAUUGUACAAAAUUAUCCCCACUGUACCUGCAAAAAAUGAAUAAAUAAUUUAAAUUUAAAGGG